CGACGCGCAACUUGCGUUUGCCGAAUGAAGGGUCCUUGCGGUGCAUGGCUUACAGACGGAGUGGAAAGUAAAUGGUUUAUUGGAAUAGAGUAACAACAUACGCGCACCUUCUUACAGAGUUGUUUUCAAAGAAGUGAUAGUAUCAAAAUCAGAUUUUUUCCAUCAUGGAGGCGGACCUGUACGACGAAUUCGGAAAUUACAUUGGGCCAGAGCUAGAUUCAGACGAAGAUGAUGAUGUGGAAGCCGAGGAUCGCGAUGCCGAUGAGGCAGAUGAGGAUGACGACGAUGAGCAGGGAGAUGCUGACGAGGAUGUUCCAGGGAUGGAGGUGGUGCUGCAUGAGGACAAGAAGUACUACUCCACAGCAGAAGAAGUGUAUGGGCCAGAGGUGGAGACUAUUGUCCAGGAAGAGGACACACAACCCCUCACAGAGCCCAUCAUCAAACCUGUCAAAACCAAACAGUUCACCCUGAUGGAGCAGGAGCUGCCGGUUACAGUCUAUGAAAUGGAAUUCCUGGCAGACCUGAUGGACAGUCCCGAACUGAUCCGCAACGUCACGCUGUGCGGCCACUUGCACCACGGCAAGACUUGUUUCGUGGAUUGCCUGAUCGAACAGACCCACCCGGAGAUCCGUAAGCGAGACGACUUGGAUCUGCGUUAUACGGACAUUCUCUUCACUGAGCAGGAGCGAGGGGUGGGAAUCAAAAGCACACCUGUUACCAUGGUAUUGCCGGACUCCAGGGGUAAAUCCUACCUCUUCAACAUCAUGGACACCCCAGGACACGUCAACUUCUCGGACGAGGUCACCUCCGGGAUCCGGAUCUCCGACGGCGUCGUUCUCUUCAUCGACGCGGCAGAAGGCGUGAUGCUGAACACGGAGCGGCUGAUCAAGCACGCCGUGCAGGAGCGGCUGGCCAUCACCGUCUGCAUCAACAAGGUGGAUCGGCUGAUCCUGGAGCUGAAGCUGCCGCCCACUGACGCCUACUACAAGCUGCGCCACAUCGUGGACGAGGUCAACGGCAUGCUCAGUACAUACUCGACGGACGAGAGCGUGGUGGUGUCCCCACUCCUGGGAAACGUCUGCUUCGCCAGCUCACAGUACAGCAUCUGCUUCACCCUGGGCUCUUUCGCCAAGAUCUACUCCGACACCCACGGGGACAUUAACUACAACGAGUUCGCCAAACGUCUGUGGGGUGACAUUUACUUCAACCCUAAAACGCGCAAGUUCACAAAAAAGGCUCCCAGCAGCAACUCGCAGCGAAGCUUCGUAGAGUUCGUCCUAGAGCCCCUCUACAAAAUCCUGUCCCAGGUGGUGGGGGACGUGGACACCUCGCUGCCGCGGGUGCUGGACGAGCUGGGCAUCCACCUGACGAAGGAUGAGCUCAAGCUGAACAUCCGGCCGUUGCUGCGGCUCGUCUCCAACCGCUUUUUCGGCGAGUUCACGGGCUUUGUGGAUAUGUGUGUACAGCACAUCCCUUCUCCUCAGACGGGGGCCCGGAGCAAAAUUGAGCACAGCUACACGGGAGGCCUGGACUCGGACCUGGGGGAGGCCAUGCUGGAGUGCGACCCUGAUGUGGACUCUGAAGUGACCGUGACAUUUCCCCGUAGGGGUCAUGUGACGCAGGACGCUCCCAUUCCCGGCUCCCCCCUCUACACCAUCAAGGCCUUCAUCCCGGCCAUCGACUCCUUUGGCUUCGAGACGGACCUGCGCACCCACACCCAGGGCCAGGCCUUCGCCCUCUCCGUCUUCCACCACUGGCAGAUUGUCCCCGGAGAUCCGCUGGACAAGAGCAUCGUGAUCCGACCCCUGGAGCCGCAGCCGGCGCCUCACCUGGCCAGGGAGUUCAUGAUCAAGACGCGGCGGCGGAAGGGUCUGAGCGAGGAUGUCAGCAUCAGCAAGUUCUUCGACGACCCCAUGUUGCUGGAGCUGGCCAAACAGGACGUGUUGCUCAACUACCCCAUGUGAACAUGGGGGGGGGGCCGGGCUGUUUUUGGCUCGUGGCUGCCAUCCCCCACCCCCCACACCCCCAAGUUCCUCUGCUUUUGAUUUAAGAAUAAUUAAGUUUAGGACGGUAUUUGGAUAGCUCUCUACAAAGGGCCAUGAGAACCUUCUCUGAUCCACAUUCUUCUGAAUUCUGUAUCGCAGGACUAAUUGCAUAUGUUGUUGGUUUCGUUUUUUUUUUUUUUUCUACAUGUGGAAACUUGAUUUGUAGAAAAUAUUGGGCAGCAGGCUUGAUUUUUUUUUUAACAAGUAAUUUCAAUGUAAUUCCUCUGAUCCUGUACAUGUUUAAAUAAAAACCAUGCCUGUUCCACCCCG